UUCUUCAUCUCAUUUCUGCUACUGGGUAUCAUUUAUUUCUAUACAAAGUUUAUUCUUUUUACUCAAAAAUUCCUUCUUUUUGGUCCACUGAUUUGGGAUUUGGUAUAUCUGUAAUUGGUUAAGUUAAAUCAUGGCGAACAUAGACAUAGAGGGAAUCUUGAAGGGAGUUCCAGAUGAUGGGCGAGUUCCUAAAACCAAGAUUGUUUGUACUCUGGGUCCCGCUUCACGUUCAGUCCCGAUGCUUGAGAAGCUUUUGAAGGCUGGUAUGAAUGUUGCUCGUUUCAAUUUCUCUCAUGGUACUCAUGAGUAUCAUCAGGAGACUUUGGACAAUCUCAAAAUUGCCAUGCAGAACACCCAGAUCCUUUGUGCCGUUAUGCUUGACACCAAGGGACCUGAGAUCCGAACUGGUUUCCUAAAGGAUGGAAAACCUAUACAACUACAGGAAGGUCAGGAAAUUAUUGUAAGUACUGAUUACACCAUCAAGGGUAAUGAGGAAACGAUUUCCAUGAGCUACAAAAAGCUGCCUGUUGAUGUGAAGCCUGGAAAUACCAUCCUAUGUGCAGAUGGCACCAUUACCCUUACUGUUUUGUCAUGUGAUCCAAAUGCUGGAACUGUGAGGUGUCGUUGUGAGAACACUGCAAUGCUAGGCGAGAGAAAAAAUGUCAAUCUUCCUGGUGUUGUGGUGGAUCUGCCCACACUAACAGACAAGGAUAAGGAAGAUAUCCUCCAAUGGGGUGUUCCAAAUAAUAUAGAUAUGAUUGCUCUAUCAUUUGUCCGGAAGGGCUCAGAUCUUGUCAACGUUCGUAAGGUCCUUGGGCCCCAAAACAAGCAUAUACAGUUAAUGUCAAAGGUUGAAAACCAGGAAGGAGUUAUCAACUUUGAUGAGAUCUUGCGUGAAACUGACUCAUUUAUGGUUGCUCGAGGUGAUCUUGGAAUGGAGAUUCCAGUUGAGAAGAUUUUCUUGGCACAAAAGAUGAUGAUAUACAAGUGCAAUCUUGUGGGCAAGCCUGUGGUCACUGCAACUCAGAUGCUUGAGUCAAUGAUCAAAUCUCCCCGGCCAACUCGUGCUGAAGCUACUGAUGUUGCAAAUGCAGUUCUUGAUGGCACAGAUUGUGUUAUGCUUAGUGGUGAGAGUGCAGCUGGAGCAUAUCCAGAGAUUGCUGUGAAGAUCAUGCGUCGAAUUUGCAUCGAGGCAGAAUCCUCGCUUGACUAUGCGGCUAUCUUUAAAGAGAUGAUAAGAUCAACUCCUCUACCUAUGAGCCCAUUGGAGAGUCUUGCGUCAUCAGCUGUCAGAACAGCUAAUAAGGCUAGAGCAAAACUCAUUGUUGUGCUAACACGUGGUGGUACCACGGCCAAGUUGGUUGCCAAGUACAGACCGGCUGUUCCAAUCCUAUCUGUCGUUGUUCCAGUCGUGACAACUGAUUCAUUCGACUGGACCUGCAGUGAUGAAUCCCCAGCAAGGCAUAGCCUGACAUAUAGGGGCUUGAUUCCUAUCCUGGCAGAAGGAUCUGCAAAGGCCACUGAUGCAGAAUCUACUGAAGUGAUUUUGGUAGCUGCUAUGAAGUCAGCAACAGAGAAGGGAUUGUGCAAGCCUGGUGAUUCAAUUGUGGCACUUCAUCGUAUUGGAGGAGCUUCUGUUAUUAAGAUCUGCGUAGUGAAAUGAAGUGGACUAUGCAAAUACCUUGAAUAGCUUCAAGAGGCAGUAAGGCCAUGGAUUUUAUUAUAUGCUUUGGAAAUCUCUUUAUGCUUAUGCUAUGGUACCUUAGUAGUAGUGGAGGAUUCAAAUAUUUCCUGUAUGACCUGAGCUGUUUUACAGAGUACUCUUUUGAUUAUUUUGCCUUUUCCUAUGUUUUUAACUAGCUAAUGUUGUCGUACAUUUUUAUGUACGAUUGUUACCUAAAUAAAAUCCAGGGUUUGUUUUUUUUUGUAGCA